UGGGCCGAGCCGAGGUGGGCUGCGGCCAGGGGGUGCUAGGCCGGGAGGGGCUGCAGCCGGCUGUGGCUGGCUGGGAGUGAAGGAGCUCCGCGCCGUUCCCUGAGCACGGUCGGCUCUCUUUCUCCAGGACUUGGCGGGUACCAAGGACCCCCCCUUCCAGAGACUCCCAUGGCGCAUUUUGUGUUCGAGAGUGACCUGCACUCGCUGCUCCAGCUGGACGCACCCAUCCCCAAUGCACCCCCCGCACGCUGGCAGCGCAAAGCUAAGGAAGCAGCGGGGCCGGCCCCCUCACCCAUGCGAGCGGCCAACCGGUCCCACAGCGCCGGCAGGACCCCAGGCCGAACUCCUGGUGAGUGGGGUGCGGCAGGACACGGGGGCCGGGGGGGAAUGGCAGAGAGCAGCCUUCGUUCUUCCAACCCCAGGAGCCUGGUCAGAGGUCUGCCUCUCUAUUCCUGCUCCAGGCAAAUCCAGCUCCAAAGCUCAGACCACUCCCAGCAAAGCUGGCGGUGAUCGUUAUAUCCCCCAUCGCAGUGCUUCCCAGAUGGAGGUUGCUAGCUUCCUCCUGAGUAAGGAGAACCAGCCUGAAAACAGCCAGACACCCACCAAGAAGGAACAUCAGAAAGCCUGGGCCUUGAACUUGAACGGUUUUGAUGUGGAGGAAGCCAAGAUCCUUCGGCUCAGUGGAAAACCCCAGAAUGCUCCAGAAGGUUACCAGAAUCGACUGAAGGUACUCUAUAGCCAAAAGACCACGCCUGGCUCUAGCCAAAAGACCUGCCGUUACAUUCCUUCCCUGCCAGAUCGUAUUCUGGAUGCCCCUGAAAUCCGGAAUGACUACUACCUGAACCUUGUGGACUGGAGCUCUGGGAAUGUACUGGCUGUGGCGCUGGACAAUAGUGUAUACUUGUGGAGUGCUAGCUCUGGUGACAUCUUGCAGCUGCUGCAAAUGGAGCAGCCUGGUGAAUAUGUAUCCUCUGUGGCCUGGAUCAAAGAGGGCAACUACCUGGCUGUGGGCACCAGCAGUGCUGAGGUGCAGCUAUGGGAUGUGCAACAGCAGAAACGGCUUCGAAACAUGACCAGUCACUCUGCCAGAGUAGGCUCCCUCUGUUGGAACAGCUACAUCCUGUCCAGGUCAGUGGUGAACCCAGACCUCUAUGAUUCUUGCCCACUCUCCCCGACUGAGCACCCCUGGACUGAAGCAGCUCAGGCCUGCUUAUGUUUGGCUCUGCUGAAGAACCUCCGUGAUUUCCUUUUUCCCUUCCCCAGUGGCUCGCGCUCUGGCCAUAUCCACCACCAUGAUGUCCGGGUAGCAGAACACCAUGUAGCCACACUGAGUGGCCACAGCCAGGAAGUCUGUGGACUGCGCUGGGCCCCAGAUGGACGACACUUGGCCAGUGGUGGCAAUGAUAACUUGGUCAAUGUGUGGCCUAGUGCUCCUGGAGAGGGUGGCUGGGUUCCCUUACAGACAUUCACCCAGCAUCAAGGGGCCGUCAAGGCUGUAGCUUGGUGUCCCUGGCAGUCCAGUGUCCUGGCAACGGGAGGGGGCACGAGUGACCGACACAUUCGCAUCUGGAACGUCUGCUCUGGGGCCUGUCUGAGUGCUGUGGAUGCCCAUUCUCAGGUGUGCUCCAUCCUCUGGUCUCCCCACUACAAGGAGCUCAUCUCAGGCCAUGGCUUUGCCCAGAACCAACUGGUUAUUUGGAAGUACCCAACCAUGGCUAAGGUGGCUGAGCUCAAAGGCCACACAGCCCGAGUCCUGAGUCUGACCAUGAGCCCAGAUGGGGCCACUGUGGCAUCAGCAGCAGCAGAUGAGACCCUGCGGCUAUGGCGCUGCUUUGAGUUGGACCCUGCACGGCGGCGGGAGCGGGAGAAGGCCAGUGCAGCCAAAAGCAGCCUCAUCCACCAAGGCAUUCGUUGAGGACCAACCCAUCACCUCAGUGUUUUGUUUUUUUUAUUUUUCUAAUAAAGUCAUGUCUCCCUUUCUCUCAUGA